CACCAGUCAAUAGAAGCGUUCCUGCGGUUACACACAUCAGAGAACCUGGUCGAUACAGUCGCCGAUACCCCCCCUACUCUCAAGUCUUAUAAACGGACUAUCAUACCAUGGAUCCUCAGCAGCUCCCGGGCUCGUCGGUUCCGGACUCGUAUGCCUCGACUGCUCCAGGACGUACACGCCGCCGCAGAACGUCCUCCCUUCCUCCAGCGCCAAAUCACCCAGAGGAGUCUCGUGGGCCAGCUCAUCAACCGGCCAAGGGUCACCAGUCGACGUCUCCGGAGGUCAUCGCAUCACUAAUAGACUCCUUGUCCGCUAUCUCCAUUCCGGCGCACAACCAUUUCGAGAACAUUCCUCCGAUCGAUGGUACCCGCUCAACACCUGUCAGUCCGCAUGCGCAGCGCGUCAACUUCCUAGAUCUGCCUGAACAGCUCAGCGAGAAAGAGUUUCUUCAUCCUCACGACGCCGCCGAGCCUCCGAUCGUACGAACCUCAAAACCUCCGUCUGGCUUAUCACCGCUCACAGCACCGAAGACUCCGAGGUCUCCAAGAUCGCCAGGACCGUCGUGGAAACGAGAUUCAGGGUCUUACAAGGAAUGUUUGCGCACCACACAAUCCACUACAUCAUUGCAUUCAGCAUACUCGGCGUAUGAUCGGGAUGACGCGGUCAGCAUUGGUAAUAUUAGCAUUGAGGCAGGCGCGCGACCAUCGGAACCAUCGAUCAAAAGUAGGACGUCUAGUGAAAGCACAAGGCGUAGUGGUAGAGGCAAAAGCUUGCUUUACAUGAGUUCUCGCGAGCGGUUGAAGAGAGAUUCAAGAUCUUUCAGCGUGCCGUCGGAGGUUGACGCCAGUGUCACUGCUGCCGCUAUCGAAUUCGUUACGCAGGCACACUUGCACUCGGAAAAAAAUAUCGAGUUUCUUCCUGGUAACGUUAUACAGGAGGAAUCAACCCACGCAGCGCCGCUACCAGGUACAAAAAAGAAGAAGAGAAAGCCACCUCCGAUGACAUUGGUGGCUGCGUCAAGUGCUAUCAUUACGCCGGAUGGACCGCUAACGCCAGGAGGCGCUGUUCCACAGAGGCAGUCGUCACUGAGACAUAGUAGCAGUUCACCAAGAAGGGAGCGCCGGCGAGAUCGUCCAGCUGAGGCCAGAACACUUGCAGUGCCUGAAGAAGAGGAGACCAAACCCACCCCGUCGCCCAAGGGAAAAGAGAAGGCCACCAACGAGGAUAUAAGCGCGUUGCGCAGGAUAGAAGAGUUGAAGCAAAAGGCAUGGUUCCGGGAGAAAUCGAGUGAGAAUGGGGCCAUGACCGGAGAAGCUAGGUUAUCAAGAGGAGGUGCGGAGGAGCUGUCAACUUCGGACUUGUCGCCAAUAUCUCCCACCUCUACGGUAGCCAGUGCAUGGGAGAAACGACACUCCGACUCAGAUACCAAAGCGCGCAAAAUUCUAGGCAUCUAUUCAACAGAGCGACAGGAUACUCUUGCGCCCCCUGGAGUGAAGGAGACAAUUGUGCGAGCACCCCUUUAUCGCGAUGCUGGAAACGAUAUGCAUGCUCCCUUGACCCCGAUGACACCCAUGGGGCCCUUACCGAUCAACUACAACCACGUCUUACAGUCCCUCGACCAGAUACCGCAUUCGCCGCCAAGCAGCAAGGAUUCCACAAAUGUUCGUAGAGCGGAGUCUAAGAAUAAGGGCGGUGUUUCACCGCUCUCUUCGCCGGAUGAAGCAUACUUUGAAGGAGACAGGGGGGCCGAACGGCAAAGGCAGACAAGGUCGAGUGAGUACGACACAUCGGAACCGUACAAAUCACCAUUUGGAUCGCGUACGGCAAGCAUAUCGUCGACCGGACGCAAGGGAAAGCGAUGGUCUCAUCCGGAUAUGCCACGACAAGAGCAGAAGCGGACGGGGAAGAAGGGAGCCUCUCCAGCUGUGCAGUCUCCGCAGCGGCCAAUUCGAGAGGAUAGACCUGCUAGUGUAGACUCGAUGGAACAAACCAUCGAGGACUUUGUUAAUGCUCCGCGAUUGAGUCAGCAAGUACGGCAUCCUACCAACGGUCGAGUAAUUUCGUUUUCUGAAGUAGGCGACCCGAAGGGCUUUGCCGUGUUCUGCUGUGUUGGUAUGGGCUUGACUCGAUAUGUGAUGAGUUUCUAUGAUGAAUUGGCAAAGACAUUAAAGCUGCGCUUGAUCACGCCUGAUCGACCUGGAAUUGGUGGAAGCGAGGCAGACGAGAAUGUCACGCCGUUGACCUGGACAGACGAUAUAUACACGAUCUGCCAGGCCUUGCGGAUACCCAAGUUUUCUGUUCUUGCACACUCGGCAGGCGCAGUGUAUGCGCUCGCAACAGCCUUGCGUAUGCCACAGCACAUCAGGGGCAAAGUGCACCUUCUUGCACCCUGGAUCCCGCCUUCGCAAAUGGCACCGAUUGGGGUCCACCAAAAUGCAGCGCCUGGUGGUCAGCUUCCGCGCGCGCAACGAUUUCUUAGAACACUACCACCGUCGAUCUUGAAGAUUGCAAAUGCAUCCUUUCUUAGCACGACGAGUGCCAGUAUCACGAGAAGCAUGCCCAAGUCGCCGGCGGGGAAGACGAAGAGAAAGAGCACCGGUUCCAGUGCGCCUCAGGCGCCACCCAGAGGAUCGAUGGCACAGACGCGACAAGAGUCGAUGGCUCGCAUGGAUCUGAUCGCGCCAAAUUCGAGCGCGCUCAACCUGACACCGAGUAGCCCGAGUGCAGACAAGUUUGAGGCCACGGUGGAAGUGCAGAAGGCCAAGGAUGAAGCAGCACAGCAACGGCGGGAAGCGUUGGAUGAGAGGCUGACAUUUGCCAUCUGGGAGAGAGCGACUACGAAUGCGAACCCGGCGACAGACUUGAUUGUCUGUCUGGAGACGCGAUAUCCGAUUGGGUUCCGGUAUGAGGAUAUAACACGAGGGGUUGUGAUACACCACGGAAGCAAAGACAGUCGCGUACCAGUGGAAAAUGUGCGUUGGCUUGGUCGGAUUAUGCGGCGGUGCGAAGUACGAAUCCUGGAGGGAGAAUCACAUGGGCUGAUGGCCAAUCCCAUUGUGAUGGGCAAUCUGCUGAUGGAGAUGUCGAAGGAAUGGGAAGACUGGACGGCAGCGGUCGAGCACAGUUCCAGAGCAGCCAAGAGAGCUUCAUGAGACGAGAUAUCCUAAACUUGAUCGAUCUCUCAAGCUCCCAUGUACCAAUAUCUUGGGUGUUGCAUGAGGAAGUUGGAUACCACACACGACCUUUUCCGGAGCGCGCGCGUUCUUCGACGGCAGAAGCAGUGUUUGAGCGAUAUAUUUCAGUCUACUCGGACGUGGUUAUAUUAGUAUUUGGAUACCCUUGCGAGCAUGUCUGGUUGAAAGUAGUCC